GGUCGGGGGGCGGUGGUGGCGCCAUGGGAGCCACUGGAGACGCGGAGCAGCCGCGGGGGCCCGGCGGGGCCGAGCGCGGCAGCGUGGAGCUGGGCGAUGCGGGCGCAGCAGGGCAGCUGGUCCUCACGAACCCGUGGAACAUAAUGAUAAAGCACCGGCAGGUGCAGCGAAGGGGCCGUCGUUCUCAGAUGACCACAAGUUUCACAGAUCCUGCUAUCUCCAUGGAUCUCCUCCGUGCUGUCUUGCAGCCUAGCAUUAAUGAGGACAUCCAGACUGUCUUCAACAAGUAUAUGAAGUUCUUCCAGAAGGCAGCACUGAACGUGCGGGACAAUGUCGGGGAGGAGGUGGACGCAGAGCAGCUCAUCCAGGAGGCCUGUCGGAGCUGCCUGGAACAGGCUAAGCUGCUGUUUUCAGACGGAGAGAAAGUAAUACCAAGGUUGGCCCAUGAACUUCCAGGAAUGAAGCGUGGCCGGCAGACAGAAGAGGAGUGUGCCCAUCGGGGAAGCCCCAUUCCCAAAAAGAGGAAAGGCCGGCCGCCUGGACACAUCCUGUCAAAUGACCGGGGAGCUGCUGGCAUGGUCAGAUGGAAGCCAAAAUCCUGUGAGCCAGUUCGCAGAGAAGGCCCCAAGUGGGACCCAGCUCGGCUGAAUGAAUCUACCACCUUUGUGUUGGGGUCUCGAGCCAACAAGGCCCUAGGAAUGGGGGGUACCAGAGGAAGAAUCUACAUUAAGCACCCACACCUCUUUAAGUACGCAGCUGACCCACAGGACAAGCACUGGCUGGCUGAACAGCAUCACAUGCGGGCAACAGGAGGAAAGAUGGCCUACCUCCUUAUCGAGGAGGACAUCCGCGACCUUGCUGCCAGUGAUGACUACAGAGGAUGCCUGGACCUGAAGUUAGAGGAGCUGAAAUCCUUCGUCCUACCCUCCUGGAUGGUCGAGAAGAUGCGAAAGUACAUGGAGACACUACGGACAGAGAACGACCACCGUGCUGUUGAAGCACCUCCACAGACCUGAAGCCUCCAGGACCCUCUUCCCCACCUGGCUGAGACCACUGGGGCAGCUCGCCUACAUGGACCUUAGCAGCAUUAAGCUAUGCAUGAGCUAGUUUGUAGUGACUCACUGCAGAGCACCCCCAGACUGGAAUGCGGUUCUGUAUUUUAAAGUUAUUAGUAUAAGAAGCAAUUAAACAGUUUGUAAUAAA